AUGAACGACUUCCCUGACGAUAUUAAAACCGUAUCCGUUGUCACUGAUGGAAAAGCAUUUGCAGGAUCUUCUGCUAUUUCCAGGCCAAGCAACAAUCCUGUUGUAACUUUCACAUGGAAAAGUAAUGACACAGAGACAGUUCAUUUAGAAAUUUUAAUUGAUGGAGUCUUAAAAUAUAACGUACAAAAUAUCAAACCAGGUGCUUCUGGAUCGAUCAGCUAUCCUGCUGCUGAAUUUGCUGGUCGCACUAUCAAGCACUGUCGUUGGAGACCAGGUUUGUUUGGGAUUAAUGGGGCUGGAGGAGGUGACGCUGUAUGGGUAUGUCCUGUCGGCGAGAGUGUACGAGUGAACUUGGUUCUUAAUGUAUCAUAA